UCCUCACUUUUUUCUUACCUCGAUUCAACAACUUCAGUACAGGACAAAGACAAGAAAAAGAUAGGACGAAACACAAACAAGUUUACACAGAAAGCCAAGAAAACAAGGAAGAUCAAUCUCUAUUCACACCCACACACUCUUUCCUUUCGGUCGAACAAAGCGCAAACGUAAAACGUAACAACACUCAACGCAAAGCACACAGAAAAGCACCUGCACAAAAGGACACACCAUGUUUGCAUCUCUUGUAGGACUCAUCCAUCAACCCAGCAUUGCAAUCCGGGUCCCUAAUGACGACUCGACCUUCAAUCCAAAGGAAUACCCCAGUCUCAGCUUCAUUGCCACAGGAAAAGUCCAGGGUAAGAUCCGACUUAUCCAUGGAACUGAGGAUGAUUCCAACCUUGCGAUGAUCUCAACUCGCAUUUGGGUCACCAAAGAGAAUGAUAAAGAUGAGGUUGCAAUCAAGCUAAGCUUUGAUAAUAAGACACAUGUGUUCACUCUUGAGGGACCAACACGGUUUGGAAGCUUCAACAUUUAUCAUGAGACGACCAUCCAGAUCCCUCGGUCAUUCCAGCAUCUUGGAUCUCUGCGUCUCAAGGCACCCAACACAUCUUUCUCGGCCGAAGGCCUUGAUCAUCUCCUUUGGACAUCUGUCCAGACAGAGCUAUCCAAUGCAGCCAUCGCACUUCAAUACCUGGCUGCUGCAGACUCCAUCGCCCUCCGGACCAGCAACUCAAGUAUCUCUGGUGUCUUCUCUGCAGGACAUAUUGAUUUGACAACGUCCAAUGGAUCUAUCUCUGCGAAACUCCGGGUCGAAGAUGCACAGGAUGGUCGACAAUCAAUUGUGAUGACAAAGACAUCGAAUGCUUCGAUUCAUCUACAUGUGGAUGCUACAACGACACGACAGGGUAUUUGGAUGGAGAACACAACCAAGAAUGGCAAGAUUGUGAUUGGUACAUUAUUGGGCCCCAGUGAGAAGAGCUCAAACAUUAGCACAACGACCUCGAACUCCAAGAUUGAGUUCAAUCUGGAUGCUUCACAGACGGGACAGGCUUUGGAGGUGACUAACAAAACAUCCAAUGCCAGUAUCCUGUCUUCUAUCAUGGUGCCGCCAUCCCAAUUUGUCAAAUGCCUAGCACAGUCGGCGGAUGGCUCCGUAACUGUGAAUCUGACCGACGAUUUCAAAGGCUGGUUCGACCUGGAGACAAGCAAUAGUUCUACGACAGUCGAGGGAUCCCAUUUGAUGUUUGAGACAGAAAAGAAAAAUACUAAGCGUGGAUAUCACGACCAGGGUGAGAGUCAAGUCAAAUUGUUGACAUCGAACAGCUCUGCAAAACUGAACUUCUAUUCUGCGGGAGCAAGCCUUGCAGCAGAUGUCCUCGCCAAGCAUGAAUAUUUGUAAAUUUUAAAUAGGCCAUGAUGUUUGUGCGUGGAAAUAAAAAAGAAAUAAAGUCUGUUGCCACAA